AUGCCUGUUGUCCAAACUCCCUCUCUACCUCUCGCACACAAGUCCUAUCCUCCCUACGACAUGAAUUAUUAUUCUGCUUCAAGUUCGCGCAUCGCAAAGGCCCCCUAUGUCAGGAUCCACACUCCGUCUUUUGAUGGGCCAUUCCCCGGGCAAGAGUUCCCGUCUUAUGAUGGCUACGAUGAUAUCCAUGCGCCUCUUUCACAGUGGAUGAGCACCGGCCAAAUGCAUCCCGAGUCUGAUAUUUUUGAAUCUGCCCAAUGUCCUCCAACCUUCAACGCCGCUCAAUUUGACGGUGGCUCAUAUUACUCUCAACCAGACGAUUCGAUGGACAGCAAUAUUUUUAGCUGGCCUUACGAUGGCGCAAGCGGCUACGAUGCUUCAUUUUCUUCCAUACCGGAGCCGAGCACGUUCCCAAAUGCAUUCUCACCAUCGGUCUCUGUGGUAUCAUGUUCUCCUCGCUCAGAAAGUUUAUCACUUUCACCACAACCCCAAUACCACGAAUACAACUCCUCGUUCAACUUUGACUUCACCAAUGCCAUUCCACAGCAAUUCCCUUCAUCGUCAUCAUCGUCAUCGUGGUCACAGACUCUCACUGUCGAUCAUUCUCCCCGCUCAUCAAUGUCUCACUCACCGGCACCUUCCUGCUCGAGUAUCGAUGCCAAUGAACAUAAGCCAUCUUCAAAAUCGCGUGAUCCCUCCCCCUCCCAGUCGCAGGCAGAGACCGACGCGCAGAACCAACGCCGUCGCUUCCCAUGUGUCAUCAUUGGAUGUGAGAGAAGAUUUACCAGCCAGUACACCCUAAAGGUGCACAUGGAGGCACACAAGCCCAAGCCCCGCUCUUCGUUCCCCUGCACUCUCGGCUGCUCUGAGCGUUUCUCGAGACAGCACGAUCGCCUUCGUCAUGAAGUCGCGAAACACGGCAAGGUCUGCGAGUUCUCUUGUGAAGACUGUGGCCGUUUCUUCUCCACGAAAAAGACCUUGGGGAACCACAAAUGUCCUGUGGCUCAGGGAGGCACUCGGUGGGUCAAUAAUUGA